AAGUUGCGGCGUUCGAUCGAGGAAUGGUUACGAGUGCAUGGCCUUAUGGUCUCCAAGCUGACUAAGGAAUUCGUGAUGAGUGUAAAGUAUGAAUAAUCAGCACCUAAGCCAGAGCAAGAACUUAAUUUCAAACGAUGACAAUUUAUUCUUGUUAGUAUAAAAGAGAAUUAAAUCGCUUUAACAAAGAACAAAAACACAUCAAUUGAUUGAAAGCAGAUUCAAUUGAUCAAUUUAUUCAACAUGUCACAAUCAACAAAGCAAGGGUUAAAAAUUUUAGAAUUCGCCGGUAAAGAUGGUGCUUACAAAAGAAAAGCUUCAGUCUUUAGAGAUGUGAUUUCAAGAAAAGCUGAUAGUAAAUUCAAACCAGAAGCUGGUCGUUAUCAUGUCUACAUCAGUCUUGCUUGUCCUUGGGCUCACAGAGUUUUGAUCUAUUUAACCACUAAAGGUUUGAUUAAAGAUCUCAAUCCUCAAACAACAGAAGUUUCCAAAGAUUCAAUUAUUGGUUUAUCUGUUGUCCAUUGGAGUAUGGAUGAAAAAGGUUGGAGAUUCCCAAGUGAAGGUGAUUUGGCUGCUGCUGCCACUCCAGAUCAUCUUUAUGACUUCAAGAGAUUAUCAGAAUUAUACUAUAAAGCUCAACCAGAUUAUGAAGGUCGUUUUACUGUUCCUGUCUUGUGGGAUAAAAAAACUAAAACAAUUGUCAAUAAUGAAAGUGCCGAAAUCAUUAGAUUCUUAAACACUGAGUUCAAUGAUUUGAUUGAUGAUCCUGAAAAGAAGAAUUUGGAUUAUUAUCCUUUAGAUCUACAAUCCAAGAUUGAUUCAUUAAACACAUUGACUUAUGAAAAUAUCAACAAUGCUGUUUAUAAAUCAGGUUUUGCUACAAAGCAAGAAGUUUAUGAAUCAGAAGUUACCAAUUUAUUUGUUCAUUUAGAUAAAGUUGAAAAACUUUUGAAAGAGAACAAUGAAAAAGGGUUGAAAUUCUUGACUGGUAAUAAAUUAACUGAAGCUGAUAUCAGAUUAUUCACUACAAUCAUUAGAUUUGACCCUGUUUACGUUCAACAUUUCAAGUGUAACAUUGGUACAAUCCGUUCUGAUUAUCCACAUCUUCAUAAAUGGGUUAGAGAAACCUACUGGAAUAAUCCAUUGAUCAAAGAUACUGUUAAUUUUGAGCAUAUCAAGUUCCACUACACCAAAUCACAUAUUGGUAUCAACCCUCAUAAAAUUACUCCAUUAGGUCCAAUUCCAAACAUUUUACCAUUGAAUCAUUUUUGAGAUGCUUUUUGAGAUUUUUAUUUAGAUUUAUGAGCAAACUGAAAAUAUAUCUAUAGUUAGGUGAAUGAAAAAUGAAUGUACUUAAUAAUCUGUAGCUUUUAUUGUCUGUCAAUUUUCGAAGGUUCAGAGAUGAGGUGGAAAAGAGUAUCAACAAGAAGGAAGAAAGCCAACGUUAGCACGAUGAAAUACAGUCAAAGAUGCUACCAAUUGGAUUUAAAAGAAGCUCACCUAGCGUGUUGAAGAACAUAGUAAGACUCAAUAGUACAGAUGCUGCUC